CGGGCCCGGGAGGCCCGGAGGCGGAGCGGCGGGCCGGGGGCGGACUGGGGCGGGCGGAAGGAGAGCCAGGCCGGAAGGAGGCUGCCGGAGGGCGGGAGACGGGAGCGGGCCCGGAGCUGCUGGGCUGGAGCGGCGGCGCCGCCAUGUCCGACAGCGAGAAGCUCAACCUGGACUCUAUCAUCGGGCGCCUGCUGGAAGUGCAGGGCUCGCGGCCUGGCAAGAAUGUACAGCUGACAGAGAACGAGAUCCGCGGUCUGUGCCUGAAAUCCCGGGAGAUUUUCCUGAGCCAGCCCAUUCUUCUGGAGCUGGAGGCACCCCUCAAGAUCUGCGGUGACAUCCACGGCCAGUACUACGACCUUCUGCGACUAUUUGAGUAUGGGGGCUUCCCUCCGGAGAGCAACUACCUCUUUCUGGGGGACUAUGUGGACAGGGGCAAGCAGUCCUUGGAGACCAUCUGCCUGCUGCUGGCCUACAAGAUCAAGUACCCUGAGAACUUCUUCCUGCUCCGUGGAAACCACGAGUGUGCCAGCAUCAACCGCAUCUAUGGUUUCUAUGAUGAGUGCAAGAGACGCUACAACAUCAAACUGUGGAAAACUUUCACCGACUGCUUUAACUGCCUGCCCAUCGCAGCCAUCGUGGAUGAAAAGAUCUUCUGCUGCCACGGAGGCUUGUCCCCAGACCUGCAAUCCAUGGAGCAGAUCCGGCGUAUCAUGCGGCCCACAGAUGUGCCUGACCAGGGCCUGCUGUGUGACCUGUUGUGGUCUGACCCUGACAAGGACGUGCAGGGCUGGGGCGAGAACGACCGUGGUGUCUCUUUCACCUUUGGAGCUGAGGUGGUGGCCAAGUUUCUGCACAAGCACGACUUGGACCUCAUCUGCCGGGCGCACCAGGUGGUAGAAGAUGGCUAUGAGUUCUUUGCCAAGCGGCAGCUGGUGACACUUUUCUCAGCUCCCAACUACUGUGGCGAGUUUGACAAUGCUGGUGCCAUGAUGAGCGUGGACGAGACCCUCAUGUGCUCCUUCCAGAUCCUCAAGCCCGCCGACAAGAACAAGGGGAAGUACGGGCAGUUCAGUGGCCUGAACCCUGGAGGCCGACCCAUCACCCCGCCCCGCAAUUCCGCCAAAGCCAAGAAAUAGCCCCCGCACACCGCCCCGUGCCCCAGAUGAUGGAUUGAUUGUACAGAAAUCAUGCUGCCAUGGUGGGGGGGGGGGGGCAGGUGUCACACCAGCCCCUCAGGCCCACCUGUCACGGGGAACAUGGAGCCUUGGUGUAUUUUUUUUUUUUUUUUUAAUGAAUUAAUAGCAGCGUCUAAUCCCCCAGGGCUUCUUCCUGCCUGCACCUGCUGGGGCUGUGAGCAGGAUCCUGGGGCUGAGGCUGCAGCUCAGGGCAACGGCAGGCCAGGUCGUGGGGCUCCAGCCAUGCUUGGCCUCAGGGCUGGCAGCCGGAUCCUGGGGCAACCCCAUCUGGUCUCUUGAAUAAAGGUCAAAGCUGGAUUCUC